AAGAUAACAUAAUACAUCAACCAAAACAAAUGGUAUGAUUUGACCUAAUAAUGUAUAGUAACUUUUUAUGCUAUCAAAUUAAGAUGGCCUACUAAUCCUCAUAUGGUAUAUUGAAAAAUAAAAUUAAAAGCCUGCAAUAAUAUUAAGGUAACAUAAGAAAUAAAAUAUGAAUAAAUUAAUGAUUACUUGGGAAAAGAGUAGGCUAUCCUUUAUUAGAAUCUAUGUAAAUAUUAGGAGAAAAAUAACAAUCCCAAAGUUACCACCCCAAAUUAAGGAAUUAAAACCCCACGAGUAUUUGUUUUUUUAUGGCCUGAAAACACUCCCCCACUUUCCCUUUUCUUGCCCCCACCCUUUACUAUAAAGCUAAAGCAAGAAAUUUAAAAACACAAACAAGUAUAUACUACCCUUCUUUUCCAUUUAUGUUAACAUAUUUUGAAAAAUAUGUAAGAUAAAUCUUAAAUAUGUCAUAACAUUUGUAUUAGAAACGAAGUCUAGGAUAGUAAAACCUGAUAACAAUAAAAUAACACUAGAGAAAUAAUUCAGUAGUGAUAUACAUAAAAUUUUGAAUAAAACUUCCUCGUUGAAAAAUAAAAUGAGAAGGUGUGGAAGUAUUUUUUUUCGACUUUAUAAGUAUGUCAGUCUUUUUAAAACCGACUAAAAAAUAAGUGUGUCACAUAAAUCGAAGAAGUAAUUAGAGAGGAAAAACAAAAAAUAAAAAAGCAUCAAAGCAAUUGUCAACCCCACAAGUAAGAAACACUACCAAGUAAAUAUAAGGCUAGUACUUUGGUUGAAAAAGACAUAUUGGUUUAUUGAACCUCUUAUGAGAAAAGCAAAAACAAGGCUGAAAGCUUCAACAAAGUUUCGUUUUGGUGCUCUCACAAGGAAAGAAGACAGACAAAGCUAGCUACCUAAAAAGAAAGAAAGAAAAAGAAAAUCAUUGAAAAGGAUUUAUUUUUCUUCUUCUUCUUCUUUCUUUAUAUUAUGUGGCUCUUACAUUAAAGUAAGAAAAACAAUAAUACUAUAUAGUAUAUGAUGUGUUGUUCUGAAUAAUCCUUCUUGAUGGCUGGAAACCCUAGUAAUAACUGGUGGAACAACAUGUUGAUGAACACAAGCAUGCAUCCACAUGAAUCUCAUGAACUUUCUUCUUCUACGACCACGACUCAACAUUUCUAUGGAUCUUCAAAUUUUUUGGCUGAUAAUAAUCCAAGUCAAGAUCAUUUACCUCGCUCAUGGAGCCAGCUACUUCUGUCUGGAUUAUCUUGUGAUCAAGAAAAACCUGAUAUAAGUGAUCAUUUUCAACAUCAAUACAAGAAGCUGGAGAAUUGGGAAGAAAUCCAAAAUUUGAAUUCCAUCCAUAACAAUAAUAUUAUUCCAUCUAAUUCAAGUUUUAGGGUUCCUAUUUUUGAUGUAAAACCAGAAGAAUUAGUGAGCCAAAGACUGUAUAGUAAUUACCAUCAUGAUUUAUCACCAGCUAGCUCUUGUGUUACCACUAAUUUAAACCAUAAUAAUAUUUUUAACUUCUCAUCAUCUCCUGCUAACAAAAUUACCAACAGUAACAAAGUGGUUGAAGUCAAGCAUCAAGACCAUUCAUCUGAGUGUAACAGCACAAGCAAUGGUGGGGUAACUAAGAAGGCUAGAGUUCAACAUUCUUCAGCUCAACCCUCUCUCAAGGUGAGAAAAGAGAAACUAGGAGAUAGGAUAACAGCACUCCACCAACUUGUUUCUCCAUUUGGAAAGACUGACACAGCCUCCGUCUUGUCAGAAGCCAUUGGAUACAUCAGAUUCCUUCAAGCACAAAUUCAGGCAUUGAGCUCUCCAUACAUGGGCAAUGUAGCAGGAAGCAUGGGUCACACUCAACAACAAUCUGCUGAUUUGAGGAGUAGAGGGUUGUGCUUGGUUCCUAUAUCUUGUACACAACAUGUUGGAAGUGACAAUAACAAUACUGUUGGAGAUUAUUGGGCCCCAGCUCUUGGAGGAGGAGGAUAUUUAUAAUUAAUAAUUAAUAAUUAAUGUAACAAUUUUAGUGUUGCAUAAUAUACUGAUGUGUUGAUCAUGAUGAUGAUAAUUAUAUAUAUUAUAUAACAUCAGAAGCAGUCACUCUCAAAUAAGUUAGUUAGGUUUGACUGUUGCUGAUGCUAUAUAUUAUAUUUUGCAUUUCUAAUUAAGUGUAGGAAGGAACAAGGAUAACACUCUUAUGAUAUGGUCCAAUAUUGCAAUUUUAUUUCAUGAAUAAUCAUAAAAUUGUAUAAGCUAGUUUGUAUUUGUUGUGUAUAACAUUAGAGUUCAUUUA